AUGACUGAGCACCCGACGAUUGUUCUAGACAAUGGAGGUGGAUACCUUCGACUUGGCUUUGCAACACAAAGCCGGCCGCUGGAGGAGCCGAAUUGCUCGGCAAUUGCGAGUCGUGGGAAAGGCAAGCAGGCGGUCGUUUUCGGCAAGGAGGCGCUCUCCUUGCCUUUCUACAGGCUGCUGCGACCAGCGCGCCGGGGCUUGCCGUUGGACAUGGCGCAUCAGGCAUCCAUUUGGGAGGCUGCUCUUGCGCGUCUUUUCGAUGGGGAGCGCCCGUCGAAUGCAAAG